CAGGACGGAAAGCGUUCGCGAUGGACGCACUGGAGAGCAUUUACUACGUGCGCUGCAACAGAUACUUGAGAUUUUGCGGGCAAUGGCCUCAUCAAGAGACAAUCAACAGAGUGAUUAAUUCGACUCUCAUGGCGUUACUUUGUUCUACCGUAAUCCUGCCGCAAUUCCUCAAGCUCUACCAAUUACGCAACGACUUCGGGAUGAUAAUCCUGGGCUUGCCGUCGCUGCUGUUCUACGCGCAAUUCGCGUUCAAAAAUAUAUUCUGCGCUAUGAAGACACGCAAGAUCAGAGCGGUUUUGGACAUGGUCCAACGAGACUUUCGCACCUUCGAAGGCGAAGAGAUCGAGGUGAUCCGCGAGUACUCCGCGAAAGCUUACAAGAUCAAUACGCUGUACACAGCUUACAUGUACACAGCGGUGGCGGCCUACAGUACGUUACCGUUGACGCUGCACGUUGCCGACGUACUGUUCCCUUUGGCUGCGAACCAGACGCGCUUGCAAGGCCAGCCGAGGCUCACGACGUUUCUGAACGAGAAGCUCGACAACAGCAAUUUCUUCGUCAUAAUCCACGGGAUGGCAGUCGACAUGACGGCGAUAGUCUUCAUCAUUGGCUUCGACACCCUGUACUUCGCUCUGGCGUAUCACGCCUGCGCUCUGUUCAACGUCGUCACGUGCAGGAUAAUGCGAGGCACUAUCGACCGUGGGCAGCCCAGGGCCAAACGAUUGGACACGGCGCGCAGGGAAUACAAGGACGUGGUCUAUGGCAACUGGGUCGAGACUAUCCUCCUGCACAAAUACGUCCUGGAGUCCGUGGCGAUAAUAGAGUCGGCCUUUUCGGCUUUGAAUUUACUGUCGAUUGCUUGCGCGAUGCUACCGCUGACGUUGACUGGAUUUCAAGUAAUAGCCAACAAAAACCAGUUGGGACAGAUGCUGCGCUUCUUGAUGUUCGCUUUGGGGGAGAUCGUCCAUUUGUUCUACUACAACUGGCCGGGUCAGAAGAUCACCGACCACGGCUGGCUCGUGUACAAGUCAUGCUACGCCACCGAGUGGUACGGCGAGGCGGUCAGCGACGAGUGCAGGAAGCUAAUGAAGCUCGUGAUACUGAGGAGCCAGAAGCCGUGCCACCUGACCGCGGGCAAACUCUACAUCCUGGGCUUGGAGAACUUCGCCGCGAUAGUCAAGGUUUCCAUGUCCUACUUCACGGUCUUGUCGUCGCUCAUGUAGUCCGCCGUGUGAAUUUUCUGGAAGGACCUCGCAUGCCACUUGCGUAAUUCAUUGUGUUCGACGCUGAUAUGGGCAAUAAUAAGAAAAUGUCAAUGUUCAUUGGUUCUGCGCGACUUCGCGUAAGCCUCUCGCUCGAAUCAGGAGUGUCCCGAAGAUUUUUCAAAGCGCAAAUGGUGGUGGGGAAAAAAAUGCGCGCGCGCGAGUAACCGCAAUCGUUUCGAUAACGAAAGCGGGAAGCACCGUGACGUAAGAUAAGUGUUCCGAGCGCGCGAGGAAGCGAAAUGCACGGCACGCUUACCUCGCGCACUCGAUCGCAUUCGUUAUGCAAACAGUUAUGGGAUCGUCUCUAGCAAGGGCCGCUACAUCGCAUUCGCUGCCACCGUGGAACGCGCGUAGGGGGCCGACAAGGUGUAAGGAAGCUCAGCAAAGUACAAGUAGGAAAUAGCCUCCGCGCAUCAAUUAUGCAAAUGUAGCGUUGAUUUUCUUAGAGCAACCUGUGAUUGACGUUGUCCGCGGCUGUGCUUGCAAAGUGCACGUUAGACAUUUUUCUUUAUGCGCGGACGAAAGAAAUGCGGAAAUAAUCAGAGAAAACUGCCACGUUUGCGUGCGCGAGGCGAUAUAAAACAGCGACGGAAAUGGAUAGGCACUUUGUAGGAAUUAAAGAAACAAGGACAAAAAAAGCAAGUCGUCGGAAGCAAUUUAACGAGCAGCUUAACAUCUUGCGAGACAAUCGACUUUGAGCGAUCUGGAAUUUCCGAAGCUCAGUCAUAGGUCGAGUCAAGUUCACGAACACGCUUACGUUUUAUUUCUUUUUCAGUUUUACUCCACCGCUACCCGCAACUCCUUCGGCGCGUCUCGCGAUGCAUCACGCUGCUGGAAUAAGCACAAUAGUCUCGCAUUAUUAUCUCAUUACAAUCUCAUUACAUCAUCCCUGCUAUUCGCGAAGGCGUAACUCCCGAGUGCAUCGCAAUUAUUGGCGUGGCAGGGGAGAUUAGUCUGGUGAAAAACAAAAAGGCAAGGCGGUUUCGCGGAAAAUUGUCGUCCGUCGAUCGAUUUGGUUUCUCGUUUUCAUCCUUCGGCUUCAUUUCCUUUUGCCAUUAGGCGAGCGCGUCGAAAGCUCCUGCCUUUUCAUUAUCAUUUGGCUGUCGGAGAAACGUUCUUUCUCUCGGUUUUCAAUCUUCUCGCAACGCGACUUGCCUGAUUAUUCGAGAUCUAAUUGUACGACGAAGAAAAGAAGGAAAGCGGCGUUUACGGGGUUCGCGCCGGGAAAGGCAGGAUACGCACAAAGCCGCAAUCCGUAACGAACGGCGAGACCGUAAAAAGAGGCUACUCGAAAUGGAAAAGAAGAAAAAAAGAAGGAGCGAAGAGGGAGGCGGCUCCCGCGCGAUUAAAGUUAUCCAUUGUUCUUCCGGACGCCUUGGGAUGCAUAUCGCAAGGUCCUUUUGUUUCGCUCGCUCGCGUUAUCCGCGACGCGCGCGGCGUGUGCAAUUAUCGCGGCGCAACGAGAUCGCCGAGGCGCGAUUAGGCCGAGUCUCGUUUGGUCAGCUCACCGCGCGCGACCUAAACCGCGAGAGCUGCUUCCGCGAGAACGCCGAUUCGUCGCGCUUAGGACGACCAAUCGAAGAUGGCGGUUCUUUCGAUCAACGACGAUUGCGACCCUUCCUCCGCCUGUAAUACUCGACCUCGCGAUGAAAGCUGGAAAAUUGCUUUCGUACUCCUUGGACGCGAUAAGAUCGGCCGCGUUGAAAAUUGAAUUGACGCGUGGCCAGGAAUGAAAUUGCAUAGGGGGUGCAAAUUUGUUCAAGGAGUCGCGUCGGUUCGUGCCGAUCGAUCCCCGGCACGCUUUCCUUCUCGCAUCCACGCGCCACUUGGAGCGAUGGAAAAAUUUCCACGUCGAAGAGCAAUUUUUUGUUUCGCUCGGGAAUUAAACUCGGCUGACGCGUCCGCGACUCGGAUAAUAGCCGCUUGUUUCCUCCGCGCGCACGUUCGAUCGCGAUACCAACAAUUAUUCGACGUACACGUAUCGCGUACACGGAUGAGCAGAGCGGCGCGCACGACGUCGCUGUGACUAAGCGCGCGCGGACGCUCGAAACGCGCUCUCCGAGCGAUCGCAUGCGCGCGAUCGCAGGUAUCCAGCGGGGGUUGGCACGACUCACGCGAUGCACUCUGCCGCGCCUGUCCGUUAGCUUGCUCCUGGCCGGGAUCCUGCGGCCGCUGCUCGCCACUCUGCU